UUGUAAAAUACAAACUAAACGGUUGCGGCUAUUUAGAUUUAUACCAUAAUGCUUACAUCUUUUUAUUUUGAAAGUCUCAACAGGAAAUUAAAGCAGCUCCUGGAUGAGCCUUGACAGCGAUGUAAGUCACAUGGUGUUCUUAACGGAGAGCUGAUGGAGCCAGAUGAAAGAGGCAGGAGGCGAGCCCCUCCGCUUGCGCGUCAGCAUCCCCUCAAAUAGAAAUCCGCUGCUGUCACUUCAGCCCUGCUCGCAUAGAGACUGACGGCUGCAAACGAUAAUUAAAGGCUGAUCCCGUCUGGGUAUGCAACGGUUUAUUAUUUUGUUGAAUUUUUUAAACAUUUUUUUUAAACGUGAUGCAAGAGGAGGAGAGUAAAGGGAGGCUGUGAGGAGCGUUACGGAGAAUGGUAGUGAGGAUCAAGGCGCGCUGUCCCAGGAGAACUCAUCCGAAGAGCUGUCCGUGAAAGACCGGGAUGCUCCUCUAACACCACCCGGGGCGGGUUUUCCUGAUCACAAGGUCCGAUUUGCAGAACUGGCGCUUGACUGAAAGUGAGCAAGACAGAGUUUGUGUCAUGGCUGACAAGGAAGACCCAGGUUCAGAGCUCCCCUAUAAAAGCCUGCUGGUUCUGGGAGCAAUCGCAGCAGCCUCAGCCUUUGUGGUCACUAUCCUUAUCGUCCUCGUCUGUGUGGGUUGCCAAAGAAAAAGCAAGAGCAAGCACCCCCCGGCCGGAGACAAAGGGACAUCUGUAAAUAUGGGUACGCUUCGGCAUCCAAAACUGAACUCCAUGAGUAAAUCUGACACCAGGCUGCAUGAGAUCAAUCGCUUUCCCUGCAAUGGAAACUCUGUUAGCAAGAGCCGCCCGGCCAGUAUGGACCUCCUGCUCCUCCACAGUCGACGCUCCCAGACGGACCUGAGGCCCUCCCAUGGCCGCCAGCUCCCCCAGAUCCCCACCAGUCCCCAGGCGUCUGGCCAGGGAGGCGGAGGGGGCGGUGGUGGAGGGGAAGCGGGAGGUGAAGGAGGAGGCGGAGGCGGGAGUGGAGGUGGAGGUGGCGGAGCGGAGGCCAGAGACCACACCUACACUGAGGUCGGCCUGCGCAAUAACCCAACGCCCACCCGUUACCUGGACGAUGGUCUGUACGAAAGCGUUGGUAUCCGGGAAGGCGAAGCGGCUCCCAGAGUGCCCUCUGCUCCGCUGACGUCAUCAAGCAGCACGCCAUCGACGAUCAGAGCCGCUCAGAGCCCCCCGCCUCUCUCAGGAGGAGCUCGUAGUGGGAACGGGCAAGGAAACGCUGGUAGAGGGAACGGCAGAGGAAACGGCGUCACUAAUGGAACCAUGGCAGGGAGAGGAAACGGAGCGAGCGGUGUUAGCAGAUCUCCUCUGUCCUCUGUGAAUUCCCUGGUCAAUCAAGAUCCAGCUGCAGCUGAAUAUGCUUCCAUACGGAAGUUUAAAAAGGUAGACAAGUUAAGUCGGAAGGAGAAUAAUGGAGCUGACAGCAUGUCAGACAGCCAGUCGAGCGUGAGCGACUCCCCCUCCGCUGGUCCUCUUCCCCUACAUCGCAGUCAGGAGUUUCCACACAAGCCGCUGGAGCCGUUCCAUCUGCACUCUUUCCCGAAGGAAACGGUGUUCAUAGGCAAUGGAGAGCAGUACAUAUGGAAGCCUCCGGAGGACGACGACAUCAUCACCUUGCACCCACCUCCACUCCGGGGAGAGAACGGACAGCCGGGGCAUCCAUCACCUCCAACUGCAAAGGAGAUUGCAGACACUUACUCCAUCGUGUGCAAAACCCAGAAAAAAAAACCUCCCAUGGAGCACAACGGAGCAAAGACCCUUCCGCGCUCCUUCGGAGGGGACAGGGGAAACCGAGGCCGAGGAGUCCAGGGGCAGGCCCGUUCUCAAGAGGAGCCCUGCUACGAGCCUGUGGGGGACCGGUCCUGGUCUUCUGCUGUGGCUGACUCAGACCCUGCAUACGCGAGUAUCGACGCCCACAGGAAACGUGAGCAGGGAGCAACCAAUAACAGCACAGGUGGGGGUAGCGCCACUCUGAAGAGGAAGAAGCAGACCCCUCAGCAGCAGCAGCAACAUCAGGCAGCACCAGCAGCACUACAAGGCUCAGGGCCCAUUGCUCCUCCAGUCAGAGGCCUCCCUGGUGGGGAAAACUUCUAUGAAACCAUCAGCGAUGUAAAACAGGGAGGCAACACUUCUGGCACUACCACCAUCUUCACCUUCAACGAUGGGAUGGAGAUGUACGUCACCGGCCUGUAGCAUCCUCAUAGAAUCCACUAGCCCAGAUUUCAUGGAUCUUCAAGCAGGUUGCUGUACAUACACACAGGCCCUCUACAAUCAAUGAGGAUCCAUUUUGUGUUGACAUCAGGUACAAACAGGGUCUUAAUCCAGGUUCAGACUUCCUUCGAUUGGUCUGCAUUUCAGAACCAGCCUAAGCCUAGUCCAGCCCAAAAAUGGACCAAAUACAUUUGAGCAAAAACAAAAAAAUAUAUAUAAAUAUAUAUAUAUGUAACUGUGUCACUGGCCAUACUCACCCACUUGUGCAUCAUUUUUCAUUAUAUCUUUAUUUUUAUAUGAACACUGUACUCUUGAAAGAGUAUGUGUUUCAACUCACAACCUGAGAAGAACACUCUUAAAAUAUAUAUGGGAAAAAAAAAAAGUUAAAUGUGCAUGCAUUGUGCAAACUCACACAAUAGUAGACAUGAAAAUAGACAUUAGUAGCAAUGAAAGUGGAUGUUUACGGAGUAUAAGGUAAGCAAUUCCAGUCACCGGUGCACAGAUAUCCCUCAUCUUGGGGUGGAGAAUAAGCACAUUAGAGGCACAGUUAUUUGUGGUGCUCCACUCUACCUACGCAAACAUAAAACAGGUUCUGACGCUCACUGACCUGUCAUCAGGAGGAGUGUGUUUGCGGUGCUUUGUUCAAACACAGGCCUGUAAUUUGCAGGCCCGCUCAAAUGCACAGGAGUAAAUUACGGUCAUUGUCUUCAUUCCGCAAAUUGUCAUCAGUGUCAGGUGUUAGUAAGAGCCCUCGUGAUAAAAUUAGAAAGUGAGCUUUUGCUCAAUAAGGCUUAGAUUAAGACAAAAGUUGAAAAUGUACCGUCACGUUUGGCAAACGGUUGCUGGAGGCAUGUUGACACCACCCUCCACCCAGAUGCGCACAUAUUUGGCAAAGUCAUGCAAGGUGAAGUGAUCAGGUCGAGGGCAGCAAAUGGGUUGUGCAAGAAUUUCCCCAGUGUGAUAAUUUCCCAAUAAGAGAGCUUUACUGUACUGCAGGGAUACAUGAGAUUAGUGUUUUUAAAAGAAAAUAGAGAAGUGAAAGAGUUUCAAUACCAAUCAAUGCAGGAUGCUUCAGUCUGUUCAGUUUGUGUUAUUUCUUAUGCGGAUUGUAAACAUCUUAUUUCAUGGUCUCUGUAUUUUUGCACAGGACAACUGCCUGACUGCUGAGCCAAGCUGUACCCCUGAAGGGAAUAUUAAAGCACAGUUUUGAUUUGCUCUGCGCACUCAAAAAAAAAAAAAAAAAAAAAACUAGAGCUCCACGUAGCUCACCAGACUUGAGUCCUGUGGUUGAAAUAGUAACAGAGGGAUCUGGACUCCAAAGAAAAUAUAAAGCUGGACACAAAUAUUACCAUUUAGUGUCUUUUUGAAAAGUUGUUCAUCUCUUUCUUUCCGGUCUCGUUUCCAGUUUCUGUGCUGGGUUCUCUUCCAUCAUAAACAGUCUUUCCCAUGUAGCUUCGGGAACCAUUAAAAAAAGAAUGCAGGAAGAAAGACUUUUAGGGCUUGAUGCAGUGUUGGGAGAAUGUAUUUGCCCCUUUAUAGAUGUGUCCUCUUUUUUUCUUUUUUAGUUUUGACAAACUUCAAUCUUUAAAAUUUUGAAGCAAGUUUUAAACAAAUCUACCUACUGUAAAUACAAAAUUCAGUUUUCAAAUGAUAUUAAAUAUUAAAGAAAAUAAAACAUCUAAAACUAUCUUGGUCUAUUAUGAAGACAUAUUAAGUCUUAAACCUUAUAGUUUUGCUACUGUAAUCUGUCAGUCUUUUACACCACUACAGAUGAAUUUAGAAUGCUCUUCUUUGCCGAAUUGUCUUAACUCACCAACAUUGGAGGAUUUUUGAGCAUUAAGGGCCCACUAUGUUCACCACCGUUCUUGGCCAAUGUUUUCCCCACUUAAGGAUAAUGGCUGUUGGUGAGACUACCUGGUCCCAAAGUCCCAGCUUUGUAUUGCUUUCCAGACUAGUAGGUGUAAGGACCUUAAUUUUUUUUUGUUUAGAUCAUUUAGCCUACUUCAUGGUGUUUGACAGGUUCUAUUUAAGUGAUUUUCUUAUUGUCUUGGUUCUCGCAGUAAUCAGGUCAUGCUGUGUAAAGUGAAAAAAGACCCAAAGGAAUGUGACUAAUCACAAAUAUUUAAUAAUAUAAGAAGGGGCGAAAUUUUGUCUUCAUGCAUGGUUAGGUUGUUUUGUCCCCCUAAAUAAUCGAAAUCAACAUUAGAAAACUGCUUUUGUAUUUACUCAGGUUGUCAUUGUCUGAUAUUAACAUUUUGAUAAUUUGUGUGUGACAAAGAAACUAAAAUAACUUUGUUUAGGGGGGUAAAUACUUCUUUGCAGUACUGUAAAGGGAGACUUGGUUAAGUUUAUAUUCUAUUUACUUGCUGUGCGACAAGAACGGGUUUAAAGAGGUUUUAAGAGAAAUAUAUAAAUGCUACUGUGUCAGAAAGUAUGUAAAAACAAAUGCUCACUGUAUUUUGAAGCACUGUUUAAUUUUUAACCUAACUAAUGACAAUACAUUUGGUUAAAUAGCUCACACCACUGCCAUGAAAAGAGUAUAUUUAUGUUGUUGAUGCUACUUUUCUUUUCUGCUUGAGCAAGUAAGUGCAUGCCUUGAUAUAUGGAGAUGAAAACAAAUAGUGUGUUACUUAUCUCUCGUUUCUAUUUUAUGUUGUACUUUUUGCCAUGUAAUGUAAAAGCAGCAUUUUGUUUAGCCAAAGCAACAACUUUAACGAGCAAAAGAGAGAGGAAGGGAUAGAGAGGAGCCAUUGGGAGAAAAUGGAAGAGUUGUUUAUUCUUUUCCCCAGAGGGAGCAGGAAAGCGGGAUAGAGUGGGGUUGGGGGUGGGGGAGAGAUGCACAGCUAGUGUAAAGCCAGAUGAGCGUCAGUGCAAAUGGACACGGACCCCAGAGGGCUUGCCCCCUUCCUGAUUUGUUUUUGUUUUUCACAUUGAAGACACUCCCUCUUUCUCCUGCUGUACAGAGGAGGGCCCUUUGAUGUCCUGUUCUGAGGGUCUCCAAGUAAUACAGAGAUCGAGGAGGGGGGCAGGCAGGCCCCCAACCUCGCAUCAGCAAUGCACCAACGGCUCGUCUGUCUGACUCAUGAGAAAUGACCAACAGCUGAGAAGUGAUCUCUCAAACAAAAUCGACUGGAAAUUGCUGUCACGCUCCAUGAUUUCCCCGUGUGGUUAUCACCUUAUGUGUUGCAUUUUACCCUGAGAGAAUGGACUGAUCUGAAAUACAUUGUUGAACAAUGUUAUUCACUGACAGAGACAAAUGUUCAUUGCACAAACAGUACGAUGAUGUAAAUGUGUAAAAUACUCUGUUGCUGUUCUAAUGUUGUUCCAAUGUAACAUGCAGUAUACAGUAUAUUUGUUGCCGAAAAAAGAAAAAAAAAGAUGGCUAUCACAGACACGUAGUACUUUGUGUAUGAAAAAAAAGAGAAAACAUUUCAUGCUUUCCAAUCAAAUACAGAUGCUGUUUAUUAAUUGUCUUAAAAUAUAAAUAUGGGCCAGUACUGCUGUGACAGCUGUAGCCAAUGUUGUAUGUUCUUAAAGCACAGGGUUUAAUAAAAAAAAAGAAGUAAAAUUAAUAAAUAUAAUAUAGCGUGACAGUGCAAAUAUGCAAAAGAUUGUAAUGUUUUAUAUUACCCUUCAUAAAAUAUUAAAGUGAGUUUUUACUUUUCUAAUAAAGUGGCACAUUAUAACAUG